GUUUACAUAUUGGUUCAAUUAAAAAUGUAUUCUGUAGUAAUUAUUUUUAUUUUGUGUUAUGUUUCUAAAGUGUUAUCGAGUUCUGACUGUAUUCAUUUUGACAGUGAUGGGAUAACAUUUUAUUGCUGUGAUAAUCGUGUGAGAAAGAAUGGUAUAUGUGUGGAAUGUGAUGAUGGAUAUAUUCCACAUGACGGAGAAAGCUGUAAGCCAUGUGAGGAUGGUUUUUAUGGACGAAAAUGUGCUUUACCUUGUGACUGUAGUUCAGAAAUGAGGUGUGAUAAUGUUCAAGGUUGUAUAACAAUAAAAGAUUCAGAAUUGGUGACUGUAUAUUCAAGUCUGCAAAAUAGAACGAUCACCACAUUGUCAUUCACGGAGUCAAAUGCAGUGUCCUCAAACGUGAUACAAAACACUUCAAAUGAAAUUAACUCUACUGAGUGGAAUAAGACAGGAUUAUCCGACAGAGAAAGGACAAUUAUUUCAACAGGGAUUACCAUAUUUUUUAUUCUGUUCGCAUUUAUGACAGUAGCACUUGGAUGCUUAUACAAACGUAGAUCAGACAGUUCGAAGACCUAUGUGGAGCAGCAGUUAGAACCAACUAAUACCGCUGGUGAUUUUGAAGAUCAGCAUAGCAUUGAGGAGAACGUUUACAAUGUUAUAGAUGAAAGUGAGAUAUACGACGACAACAUCUUACCAAAAAUGUUUAAGCACGACAAUCAUUCUGAAUUUGUACCUGAUACACAAGAGAAUGAAUGUAGUUCUGGAUAUCUAAAACCAAUUGCUGUAACAGAACUAAAUACAGACCCACAUCCCUGUGGAUCUAGUGUCAGAAGCGAAGACACGGGGUAUUUGCAUCCAUAUCAUUCCAUUUUACCACAUUUAAGGGAAAAACCAGCAAUUUAUUCAAGAUGCGAAACAGAUUUAUAUUUGGAAGUGCUACCUGAUGUAAAGUCUGAAUCAAUGGAUGCUGUGGUUCUUUAAAAAUAGACAUUUUAUAAAAAAAACUUUUAAACAAGCUUACAAUAAAACGUAUAGAUUUAAAGGGGCACUAGCUUCGAGAUAUAUUAAAAAUAUAAAAUAUGA